AUGUCGACAAAGGCAGUUGCGAGUGUUUCCAAUAUGCUGCGAGCGAACGCUUCGAACCCAUUAACUUGGCCUGAUGAUAAGAUUCUGGAGACAGUUUACAUAACCCACGUCCACACCGCUGAAAGGUACGAUGUGGAAUCGCUUUUCAACGUUACUUCAAACAUUAUCAAGCGUUCCACCGCAGCUGCUGACAGUGUCGUAGUUAAGAGUGGUACACCCGCUGGUCUUAUAGAAGACAAGGCUCCCUUAUCCAGUUUCGACCCACCGUUCCGUAAACUGAAGCACAUUGUUUCUCAGAUGAUGAACACACCUCAUGGUGAGCAUAACGCACACCUGACAACAAUGUCGAUACUUGAUCAGCUGAAAACCUAUUCGUGGGAUGGAAAAGCAGUAUUAGCUCUAGCUGCUUUUUCUUUGGAAUAUGGGAAUUUCUGGCACCUUGUUCAGGUUCCAAGCGGGGAUCAACUUGGAAGAUCAUUAGCCGUAAUGAAUCGAAUUCAUAGCAUUGACAGGAAUAGGCAAGCCAUUGCUGAGUAUAACAGUUUGGUCAAGAAUGUAUUGAUAGCCGUUGAGUGUAUCACUGAGUUGGAGAGGCUUUCUACCAAAGGUUAUGACCCAAAGGAUGUGCCAGCAUUGUCAGAAGCCUUACAAGAGAUCCCUAUUGCUGUCUACUGGGCAAUCAUCACUAUUGUAGUUUGUACUAAUCAUAUUGAUUUUCUCAUGGGUGAUUCGGAGGACAGAUAUGAAUUAUCGAAUUUUGAUGACAAGCUUUCAUACAUUAUCAGCAAAUUAAGGGCGCAUCUGACAAGGAGCAGAAAGAAAAUAGGUUAUCUAGAAGAUUACUAUAGGCGUAAGAGGGUCCUUCAAACUCCUACAGAAAUUGUAGAGGUUUUGAAGGUUCUGAUCUUCCACAACGAAAUUCAGGAUCCCCAAGUGUACGAUGGCUUCAUGAGACAAAUGGUUAGCAUUGAAGUGUUUAGGCAGAAGCAUGUGUUAUUGUUCAUUACAGGCCUCGACAGCAUCAGAGAUGAGAUUCGGCUUCUACAAUCUAUAUAUGAAGGAUUGCAAGAAGAUCCUAAAGAAGUGAAAGGAUACAGAAAACAGGAUUUCAAGAUUUUGUGGAUCCCCAUUGUGGAUGAUUGGAACCUUCUUCACAGGGCAGAGUUUGAUAAUUUGAAGCUUGAAAUGCCAUGGUAUGUGGUUGAGUACUUCUAUCCCUUAGCAGGAAUCAAACUUAUAAGAGAGGACUUGAACUACAAGAAUAAGCCUAUAGUCCCAGUGUUGAACCCUCAAGGUAGGGUGGUAAACUAUAACGCAAUGCACAUGAUUUUCGUUUGGGGGAUCGAUGCCUUCCCUUUCCGACCCUCUGAUGAUGAGCUACUUACUCAGAAAUGGAAUUGGUUUUGGGCUGAAAUAAGGAAAGUGCAUCCAAGGUUACAAGACAUUAUGAAAGCGGACACUUUCAUCUUCAUCUAUGGAGGCACAGACAAUCAGUGGAUGCAAGACUUCUCAGUGGCUGUGGAUAAAAUCAAAAGGCAUGAGAUUAUCAAGAAAGCUGAUGCAAUAAUAGAGCACUAUGCAUUUGGAAGGGAAGAGCCAAGGAUUGUUCCUCGUUUCUGGAUUGGAAUAGAGAGCUUGUUUGCAAACAUGAUUCAAAAGAAGAACAAAGAUCCAACAAUUGAGGAGAUAAAGAGCUUGCUUUGCCUUAAACAAGAACAACCAGGAUGGGUUCUUCUUAGUAAAGGGUCUAAUGUGAAGCUACUAGGUCGUGGAGAACCAAUGUUGUUAACUGCAGCUGAGUUUGAGUUAUGGAAAGAUAAAGUGCUUGAGAAAGCAGGUUUUGAUGUUGCUUUCAAAGAAUACUAUGAGAACAAGCAACGAGAUAUUCCUCCUGUUUGUGCACAUAUGCAAUUGGCUAAUUAUCCUGCAGAUAUUCUUGACCCUAUAAAUUGUCCAGAUCCAAUGUGUAGGAGAGCAAUGGAAAUAGCUUCUGUGAGUUACAGGUGCUGCCAUGGUCACCCUCAUAAAGCUGAAGUUCCAGAGAGUGGUGCUGUUAUGAUUGAGAAAAAGUUUUCUUCUUAG